UCUCAUUAAGCUCAUUGGACUUCCAUCUCUCAUCCGUCUCCCUACCUAAUGCUGUGUCAACUCCACGCCGAGCAACUUAAAAUUUGGUUUCAAUAAAUCUCUUUCAGUUUGAAAUGCUAAUUCCCUCCAUUUGUAUUUACAAAGCUUUCCUUUUUGAUUUAUUCUGUUUUUAUCUAAGCCUACAGUUUAGGUUACACUUUUCACGCUUGCUGCCCGCAUAGCCUAGAUAUUCACACCCAAUUGGGUCAGUUUCGCUACUGUUUGUUUUCGAAUGUCGUUUUCACUGAAACCGGAGGAGGAUUUUCUUAAACUAGCCCCAACGUCUCCUCCUCCCCUCUGGGUAGCUGUGGCAGUUCAGCUGUAACCCUGACAAUAAGGACUCCUGACUAGAAAUCAAUUUGCAUUUCUAUUGUGAGCUGUUAGGGGUCUGCUAGGGUAGCAUACCACUCUCAGGACCAGUGACUGACUGGAGGAGGAAGGAAGGGGGUGUGUGUCUACAUGGUCUGUCUUAGUGUGUGUGACGUGACGCUCUCUGUCUUUGUGCUUCUUCUUAUUGAGGAGGAGAGCUUCUCAGGUUGCCCUCAGCCUCCCUCCCAUAAAUUAGCUUGACUCCAUGAGCCAAGUGCCUGAACUUUUGGAAGAUUGCCAACGUUGAUGUCCCACUUCAGACAGAGCUCCUGUGGGGCUGACUGCCAAUCAAAAUGCAUCUUCACAUUCCUUUGGCCCCAUGAUGGAAUGUAGGAGUCUUGUAUCGUAGAUCAGAGAGGUUAAGGAUUUGAGUGGGUGGCUCUUAGCCUUAUGCUUAUACAGUAUCUGUAGUCCACAAAGUGUCGCUCUUUUCUUGUCUAGUACAUUCUGGUCGUGCCAACUGGGUGUUUGUCAGGUGGAAGAAAAGGGACUGGAAAUGCCCUGCUCGACCAUACCUGGGUUCAAAUACUAUAUAUAUAUUUUUCAAUUUUCUCCCCUUUUCCCCCCAAUUUUCGUGGUAUCCAAUCGCUAGUAAUUACUAUCUUGUCUCAUCGCUACAACUCCCGUACGGGCUCGGGAGAGACGAAGGUCGAAAGCCACGCGUCCUCCGAAGCACAACCCAACUAAGCCGCGCUUCUUAACACAGCGCGCCUCCAACCCGGAAGCCAGCCGCACCAAUGUGUCGGAGGAAACACCGUGCACCUGGCCCCCUUGGUUAGCGCGCACUGCGCCCGGCCCGCCACAGGAGUCGCUGGAGCGCGAUGAGACAAGGAUAUCCCUACCGGCCAAACCCUCCCUAACACGGACGACGCUAUGCCAAUUGUGCGUCGCCCCACGGACCUCCCGGUCGCGGCCGGCUGCGACAGAGCCUGGGCGCGAACCCAGAGACUCUGGUGGCGCAGCUAGCACUGCGAUGCAGUGCCCUAGACCACUGCGCCACCCGGGAGGCCCGGUAAAUACUAUUUAAUUUCACAUUCAUUAUCUGGGCCAUCCAGCACUCCAGGCAGGCUGAAGCAAACACUAAAUGUAUUUGAAUAUUUCAAAUAAUAUUUGAACCCAGGUUUGUAUUGAACAGACGCCAGCUUGGACAUAGUGUGAAACCACUGAUCUCAUCUUUCUAACUGAUUCAAAAGGCGAAGCCCCCGCCUCCACCAUGCUGUUUACACUCAAGGGAUCUCUCUGUCUGUUGCCGUACAGCCAUAAGGCAGGUGGCUGACCCCCAGACAGACCAUGUUAAAGGUCAUUUCUAUUCUGUCUCUGUGUUGUUCUUCCAAAUAACAGAUAUUUCUCAUAGAUUACUACUGCAAUGGUGGUUUCCUCUUGCAUUUGAGGACUGAUUCAUCGGACCUCUUAGAGUUGACCUAAUUAACUACUGAUUAUGAAGGUCUGUCACCCGUGUUACAUACCAUACAAUGAAUAUCAAGCAUAAAUCUCUUAUUGGCCAGAAGGGGGUGCACUGUUGUCGUUGGUCAGUCACUAACAGUAUACUGAGGAUCUUCUGUCCUUUGUAGCUCAAUUGGUAGGUCAGUAUGAAAAUGUAUGUGCUCACUAUUGUAAGUCGCUCUGGAUGAGAGCGUCUGCUAAAUGACUAAAAUGAUAGUGACCAGGAAUUUUUACAAUAUUUUAUGUGUUCCUCUGCUGCAUGCCCAGGAAAAUGAAAAUGGUGGAUAUUGUCUCACAUACCACCAUGCCAUCAGAAUCAGAAACUGACAAACAUGUGGCCAGGAACUUUCUCACCAAGAUAUUACGAAGUUCUAUGAGGUAUUGUGGAAAAGCAACCUCUAGUACACUAGCUAUCCAAAACCGAUUCUUCAGUGAUCCUUUGUGACUUUCAAUGUUUGAACCCAAUCCCACUCUGGGUGACAUCAACAACAUUGCAUCCUGCUUCCAACAUUACAUGGCAUGUAGUUGUCUGUGGUCCUUGUGCAUGUGUCAGAUUUGUUCAGUGAAUGCUUCACAUUGUAUCUGUCUAGGUCUAUAUUUCAUUAUUUUGGAUCAUAUCUACUACACAAUGAAUGUAAAAAUUUUUUUUUUUACCUCAGAUUUGUUUUUUUGUAGUGUAUUUUAAAUAUUAUUUUACUGAAUUAGAUAUUUUUGUGACCUCUCUCCAACAUGCAUAUCAGGAAGAAUCGCUUCAAGGGGAGGAAUGAACCAGUCUCCCGGCCCCAUUCAUGGCACUCCUCCAAGUUCACAGAGGACCACCCCGAACCCCCAGAGAGUCACAUAGAGCCUCCACCUCCACCUGUGUGGCAGGUCAAACAUGAAGUCAGUGCAUCCACAAAAGACCUUUCCAGCUGCGGGGACCACGACUCGAAUCUACGCCAGUUAACCAGCCAGUUCAGCUCCGUGGGGAGUAUGGAGAGAGUAGAGCAUCCCUCACACCCCUACCCACCAGGAUGCCUCUCCCCCAGCAGGUACCACCGCAGUGCUGAGCCUCUCUCUGGUGGUGGAGGGUCUGGUGGGAAGAGCGAAUCAGCCUUCAGUUGCCUGUCCUCUACCAGCCCUCCCCCGGAGCCUGCUCUGGCCCUCACCAACACUGCGGUGACUGAGGGCGGCGUGUUCUAUAAGGGGGUCCAGACUCAGACCAGUGAGGUCGGAAGGCAGGGUGAGCAGCGCCACAGCCGGUACCUCCAGCUGCCCCAGGGGGACGGAGGCUCAGAGAGCCCCAGGACAGUCCCAGAGGAGCAGCCUGGCUCCCGCUACUCCAGCUCAGUCUCUGGCAGAUCGCACAUAGGCCCUGUGUGGCACGUCCCAGAGAGGAGGAAGGUAGCAGCCCCCCCCUCUCCUCCUCCUCCUCCCUUGCGCAGUGACAGCUUUGCUGCCACCAAGGUGUACCCUGCCUACACAGAGGGCACUGGAGCUCCACCACAUGGCCAGAUGAAGGCCCAGGAACGAGGGGUGGACAAGCUGGCUGAGGCCCCAGAGAACAGCAGCUACAGAGGACGGGGCAACCAUAUCUCUCACGAUGGGAAUGGGCCAGACCCCUGGUGCAAUUACAACCCUCCACCUCACAAGAAAGACUUCCUCCACCUAAACAUAGUAGCAGGAGCACCUGACUACAACCACAACCAGCUCAGCAACCCAAACAAACUGUUCUCGCUGUCUAGCCAGGACGUGAGACAGAGUCAGUCUCCCUUCGCUUGCCUGCCCAAUCACCAGUGGCAGUACAGCGACGAAAGCACUUUCUACCUGCAGACCAGAUCCACCCCACAUCCACCGAAGCCGCAGAGCGUCGGUAGCUACUACCACAGCCUCCAGGAGCUCCCUACCAACCGCAGGAACCACGUGAGCUCCUCCACCACGUCCCUGUCCACCUCGACCAUCGACCAGAACUAUGACGGCGGAGGACACAUCAGGUACUACUGCAUCACAACCAAGCAGCCAGGCCAGCCAGAGACUCGUGUUAGACAGAGCAAAUCAGAGGUCUGGAUGGCUGACAUGGAGCUAGCUAAGGGCUCCAACGACAGGGGUUCCACAAGUUCCUCCCACAAGACCAACAAGGUAAAGUAUCAUCCUCAGCCGCCUUACGCCAACAGCAAGGAGCGGAACGGAAAUGUCAAACCGGCCAACGUUCUGCUUUACGAGCACACAGCCUCUAAUUCCUUAUCCUCAUCUGGUAAACCUACCACUGAGGAGAGGGAGAGGAGGAGUGAGGGCCAGAGACCUUCUACAGAGGCCCAGCUUAGAAGCUCUUACUCUCCCAGUCCGCCCAAGGACCACAAGGCGGCACCGGUGAGAGAAGAAGACCCUUGGGUCUCUCAGGAGAACCAUAAGAUCUCUUCUCAAAAGACACCCAUGCUCCAUAGUCUGGCUCAGGAGAGUAGGAGCCUGGUGGAGAAGAUUCCCCCUGCUACGGCACCACCACCCAAUGGCGGGGGAGACGCCAGCCUCGCCAUACAGGAGGCUUUAAUGGACAACACGGCAACGGGCAAACUGGCGAGACGCAGCGACCGAUACGCCACCACCCUCCGCAACGAGAUCCAGCUAAAGAGGGCCCAGCUGCAGAAAAGCCGGAGCGCUGCCACGCUGACCUGCACCAGCGAAACGGAGGAGCCAGAGGAGGAGACAGACCCGGGGGGGUGGAAGUCCACCUCCUCCGACAGCUCCUUUUCCUCAUCCUACAAGGACCACCUCAAGGAGGCUCAGGCUAGGGUCCUCCAGGCCACGUCCUUUAGGAGGAGAGACCUAGAACCUCCCGGGUCAGGGUCGGAGGCUCAGUUAACCAAACCCAACUCACACAUAGUUUCCCGCAUUGGCGGCCGCAAGCGUUUCCCUCUGAACAAGAGGGUCCACUCGUUCUCCGAGCCAGACAAGAUAAACAAGCUGGGAGUGGAGGGUGAGGGAGAACAUCCUGUUGGAACAGCACGGUCGUUUGUAGACCGGCGGAAGUUCUUUGAAAUGGCUGAUAAACCUUCCUUCUGCAGACCCAUCUCAACCAUCCACAAGUCAGGCCAGCAGAGCUCCAGCACCACCUCCAGCACUUUGGAGCACGGAGAGGGCAAGGCCAGAGGGAGAGCCCACUCAGGAGAAACUGAGGAGGGCUGGAGGGCAGGCCUGGCCAGUGAGACCUCCAGUGACCACCACCCAGACCCCCUCAGCCCCGCAGGCAGACCGGCCCUACUGGAGCAGCAGAGGCUGGGGACCUUCACUGAGUACCAGGUCACCUGGAACAUGCAGAGGAAGGCUUCAGACACAAAGACCCAGGGGAGGUACCACUCUGCUGACAACAUCCUGGACCAGGGAACAGAGGAGACGCCUGUCUGUGUCCAUGAGAGGUCCAGAUCGUCUCCCUCACAAGACUUCUACACACAGAAGAUCCCUGUGCCAUGGAGAGACUCUGAUGAAAAUCUGGAUCACAGACAGGACCAGCAAGGAGGCAGUUACACCACCAGAGGGCCGAGCGAGAGCCGAGAGCAGCCAGCCCAGCUCGACCACUUCCCACAGCCUCCACAACCGUCUAUUCCAAGACUGACCGACACAGAGCCACACAGCAGCAGAGACGUGGCCACCCCCCUCCCUCUCCCUCACCCCUCUGACCACAGAUACAAAUGUGACUCUGCGGACCCCGCCCACAACCUCCCCGCGUACCCCUCCAACCACACCCUCAACUCUGUGUCUGCGCAACCACCUCCAACGCCCGCUCCCAAGCCCCAGAAUACAGGCCUCAUCAUGCCACAUUGGCCUCUCCUAGGCCUGGAAACCCCCUCAACCACAUCCUCCACCUACAGACUGUCAUCCCAGGAAUUCCUGCCUGUCCCUUGCACCCAUCAGGCUGACCCAGUAGAUCCAUCAUCCAGCAGCAGCUGCUCCCCCCAUGGCACAGAGCUGGAUCCUGCCCCAAACCAAGCCUGCUCCUUGGGCUCCACCCAGCUCCCCUCUCCAUCCCCUGGGAGAACCGCUGGACUGGACACGGAGGAGGGAGCAGCUGAUUCAACACUAGAGCCACCCUCCUCCUCCUCUUCCCACUCUCCUUUAUUCUCCUACCAGCCUGCCAGUCUGACGGUUCCCUCCUCAGGUGGGACUAGUUUUCCCUCUCCUCAGUUUGCUCCACAGAGGCUGACGGACCAGCCCCCUGUCUCUGUGUCUAUGCAGGAUGAAGCCCAGAACAGGCCAGAGAACAGGACAAACACUGUGAUGGAGAUGAGCAGUGUAGGGAAGAAGGUCCCUGUGAAGAUCGUCCAUGCUGAGAGCACCACAGAGAGGGAGAGCCGCCAGUACCUGCUGCACAGUGAGAGAAAUGGGGCCCCUGGAGUUUCAGAGGGGCCCGACCUUCCCCUGCCCUUACAGACCAGCCUGCCCUCCCCUGAGCCGCAGCCCUACUCCCUGUUCCGUGCCUACACCCCCUACAUACGCCAUGGGCCCCAGAGUCCCCCCAGGAACCCAACCCUCACUGUAGCCCCAGAAGAGGCCCUGUCCCCUGGGCGGUCUCAGAAGAGUAACUCGGAGGAGGAUGUGAAGAGAGAGGAGCUGGCCAGAGACAUCAUGGACAAGGAUAAGUCCCUGGUGGACAUCUUGGACCAGAGUAAGAUGAAGACCACCAUGGAUCUGAUGGGGGGGAUCUUCCCCCAGGGGGAGCAGAUCUUGGAUGGGGGGCACCAGAGGAGGAAAGUCUCCCCCAAACAGGGAUUGCCGCCCAGGGGCAUGGAUGACAGGAGAGAGGAGGGGGGCAUGUCUGCUGCCACAGGGUCCCUGGUGACCAGCUCCACCUACUACAGUACAUCUGCCCCCAAGGCUGAGCUCCUCAACAAGAUGAAGGACAUGCAGGAGGACGAGCUGGAGGAGCUGGAGCAAGACUCAGAGGACGAACUGGACAUCGACCUGGCCAGCAAGAAGCAAGAGCUGAUUGACAGCCUGAGUAAGAAGCUGCAGGUGCUGCGCGAGGCCAGGGGGAGCCUUCAGGAGGACGUCCACGAUAACAACUCUCUGGGGGACGAGGUGGAGGCCAUGGUGCAGAAGGUCUGCAAGCCCAACGAGCUGGACAAGUUCAGGAUGUUCGUGGGAGAUCUGGACAAGGUGGUCAGUUUGCUGCUCUCCCUGUCUGGCCGACUGGCCAGGGUGGAGAACGCUCUCAACAGUCUGGAGGAAGACACCACACCAGAAGAGAAGCGCACCCUGUCAGAGAAGAGGAAGCUGUUGAUCAGACAACACGAAGACGCCAAAGAGCUCAAGGAGAACCUUGACCGGCGGGAGCGCUUGGUUUACAGCAUCAUGGCUGCUCACCUCCGCCACGAGAGCCUGGCAGACUACCAGCACUUUGUCAAGAUGAAGUCAGCCCUCAUCAUCGAGCAGCGCAAGCUGGACGACAAGAUCAAACUGGGAGAGGAGCAGCUGAAAUGUCUGCUGGAUAGUUUAUUGUUGGAGCAGAGGCUGCUGUUCUGAUGAUUGUUAGUGCAAUCCGAGAUCCUUGGGACGUCCAUACGUUAACCCCUACCCUAACCUUAACCCCUACCCUAACCUUAACCCCUACCCUAUCCUUUCAACUUCAAUCGGGUGACAUCAGAGUUGGGAUGUCCCAGGGGUCUCAUUUAGUCUUUUCCUUCUGACAAUGGCCACAGAGGUGAUGUGGUGUACUGACACAGACUGGCCACUAGAGAGCCUCAGAGAGGUGCUGUUGGACUUGGAUAUGAUGGAGGAUUUUCUGUGUGCUUUGUUGUAGUUGACUUGAAGCCUGUUACAUUUCAGUUCCACAGUACAGACAGGAGCUGUUUUUCUGUGCUGAAAGAAAUACCCCGUUUCUGGAUUUAAAGUAGCUCCUUAGAGGAAUUUGCUUCGCUAAAUGUGUUUGAUUCAGGGAUGUUGGUGAGGCCUCAUGGUAAGGCCUAUGCUCUCAAAUGAUUCUCAAGACGAGGCGGAGCGUCUCUGUUUUAUAUAAUGCGUGUUUGAAAGAUGUUUUUAGUAAUUUAUUGUAGCCUUUUAAAUAUUUACAGAUGACUUGACAUUUCAGGUAAACUCACCUAUAAACCUACGUUGUAGUUAAUUACAAUACAAAUGAUAUAUUCUUAUUGUGAAGUAUAGGUUUUAUAAUUAGAUCAUUAACAGGGUUUUUCCUCAAUGGGACAGUGCUGGUUUGGCUCAGAAGUCUAAAGUUAUUUUCAUAUUUGCCCAAACAGUACUUGUCUUUCAUCAUAUUACACACAACACUAAUAGCUACAGCUCAGAUGUGUAUGUUUUCAACCAAUCUUGUUCUCAGACCUCACUUCCCGUACAACAGGUAUUCCUUGACAAUGUUUAUUUCUUACUCAUGUGUUGGGAUUAGUGGUUACUGGUCUUUUUAAUUCCAAAAGUAUAAAAAGGUAAUUAAACGUUUGAAAUCAGUUCUGGGCAGCAGGUAACCUGGUUAUAGAGGUGAGCCAGGAACCAGAAGGUUGCCAGUUUCUGAUAGGAAAAAUCUGUUGGGAAGUGAGUUGGCAUCGGAGGGUUGCUGGAAUCAAAUCCUAGAUGCCAUUGCAUGCCAUUUUUCCCUUGAGAAAGGCACUUAAGCCCCUCCCCCACAACAACAGCUCCCUGGGUACCCAGUGUGGCAGACCCCUGCACCACUCCAAAACAUGUAUGUGUAUUUUCAAAGGCAGUUUCCUUUUGGAGGAGUUGGGUUAAAAGCGGAAGGUGCAAUUUACCAAUAAAUUGAUCUUCAAAUCAAAGACCGAAAUAGCACUUAAUAGUCCCAUAAUUCCCAUGUUUAGGGACCUAUCUCAACCUGACAUUGUGCCUGGGCGUCUGCCACUGUGAACACUGAAGGAUUUGUAUGUCCAUGCUUUGUAUAACCAUACAUACAUGCAUUGUACUCUCACAUCAAUUUGAAGACAAUAAACAGUAUGACUGAU